ACCGACAACAGAACCAAACAGAUUCCAAAAGCGCGCGCACGUCAGCGGAAAUCGUUUGUAUGGUUAGAAAAAAUACAAAAAGCAGAAAACAAAUAGGAAAAUAGCGAAGCUCGCGCUCUCGAACAAUGGUUGUUGCUGUUGCCGCUGCCGACGUCGUUGAAAGCAACAGUAGCAGUAGCGGGGUCGACGACAGCACUGGUACCACUGUGUCUCCAUCAUUUGUUGGUGCUACACAAGACACGGUGGUUAAUAACAAUUAUACUGAUAAGGACAACACAACAACAAGGGCUGAACAGACGGCGCUAGAUGACAGUGUUUCUUGUCUGCCGCAUUCAAGGGAUACUCAAAAGAACCUGCUUCAGAAGACGUUAAAAAUCAACACAAGUGCGGGCGACAUUAAUAACAUCACAAACAACAACAUGACGGAUGCGGCCAAAGGAACAACCACAACCGAAUCGACGGGGUCAAUAGAGGCCAUUCCCACCAAAAGUGCCGUCAGCCAGCGAAACGUGGAUAUCAAGAUAGAAAGGACCAGCAACAUGGAGGCGGCCACCCAACAGCUAACCAAGAAGGUGCUCAAACUAGAUCUUGGCGGCAAGAACCUCGACGAAUACUCACUUAAAUCGCCCAAGUCACCCAUAGCUGCACGGUUGCCGCAUCAAACGUCGAUAACGUCAUCGGUGGAUGUAGAGGACAGGAAGACACUACGAGAGGCCUUAUACCAGGGUAUAUUUCAUCGGCACCGCCGUACUAUUUUUGCCGUGGGCAGUUUUCUGCGUAUGCUGCGCAGCCGUAACUCACAAUACAAUACAAUACGCAGCUCUUCGGAAGGCGAGGACAUCGAUGAGCAGCCGAAGCAUCAUCCGCAGGAGUUGGAGCAGUCGCAAGAGCACCUCCAGCCGCCUGGCCAAGAAGUAACGACCAUAUACGCAACAUCGCCAUCUGGACAACCGGGACAAUCCGAUUCGCUUUAGAUGUCCCUGCUGCUUGAGUUGAAGUUUCGAUUUAAUUAUUAGCUCAUUCGACAUCCGCGUAUCAAUCACUGCUUAUUAACAAAUAUUUUUAAACAUCGUGCAACAAUGAGACUAGCCACCCGUUGUGUUAGCAUGUAGUGAGCCAUAUUAGUUCCGUAUUUAGUAUUAUUGUUGACGGACUGAGGCCAGACUUCAUCAUCCUCAGGACACGGAGAUGGAAACGAACUUUUCCGAGACUUUGCAGCCUUAUCUCGUUCAUCGUUUUACCAGAUUUUUAUAUUUAACGUUCUACUUUUAACUUACUUCAAACCAACUUAACUGUAUUGCGUUUGCAUUGAUUCAGCGCCCAGCACUGCACUUCAGCUACUAAUUAUGAGUUACGAACAUUCCAUUCGUCUGCUUUAAAAGAAAUCCUAUAAUUAAUUUGAAAUAUACUCUUAUAUCAAUAAGUUAUUUUAUGAUACACAAGUAAUUACCCAUUUGUAAUACUUUGUUUUUUACAUUUUUAACUGAUAAAGUGAAAUAGGUACACUUUUCUUAACGUUUGGUAAAUGUUAAUUAAUUUUUGUUCAUCUCAACUACACUCGUUACUCUUAGAGUAAAAAGUUAUAAUAGAUUCAGAGCUAGGGUACUGGAAGCCAACAAGAAAAAUCUGAAAAUCGACUUUUUUUUUUAAUACAAAUUUAAAAUUAUUGUAUGUUUUAACACCAAUCAAUAUGAUAAUUUUUAAAAAAUUACUGCUUGAAGAGCAUAGCAAGAACUUAAUUACUCGUAGAUGAGUACACAUGUCAAUAGAUCUCCCAGCACAUAUCUUUAAAUCUACAGCCACACCUAUUACACCCGUUACCCAUAUUGUAAAUGAGUAAAACUUUAGUUACUGUCAAAAGUAAGUAAAAGGUAAAAGGAAGCGUUUUCGAACCUAUAAAGUACAUGUUAUAGUAUUUGUUUAUAGUUCCUGGGAUCUCGACGUUCAUACGAACUGACAGACAUGGACAGAUCGACUCGGUUAUGGGUCCUGAUUAAGACUAUAUUCACUUAAUAGGCUCUGAAACGCUUCCUUGUAUGUAACAGGAUACUUUUCAGCUAAUCUAGUGAGCCCUUUUACUCUACGAGUAACGGGUAUAAGAAGUGCAUCUUAUAAGCUAAAUUUGGACAGUGUAUUUUACUAAAUAAGAUCAAAAACAACGAAGUUUUAUUCUAGCCGUAGCUAGAUUAAUAUGGCUGCUAGUGCUGAUCAAGACAUGUAACUUCCUUGUUUUUGAUCAUAAUAGAUAAAAACCAAAGAAACAAAUUUUUAUUAGUCUCCCUUGAACACGAUUUGAAAACUAUAGAAAACUGCCUGUUCAGCCCAUCAUACUCGUGCUAAUUAUAAAACGUUUGUAACUGCACUUUUACAUACGCUUCGGCUUGCCGAAGCUAGAUUUCCCCGACUUUAUAAGAUGUUGAUUCAAAUGAACCAAAUCUUAGUUAUUAAUACAGUAAAAUGGCGAAGCGCAAAGUGCUGGGCAGCGAAAAAGUCAUAAGAUAGUCGACUAUCCUAACAUGUAAUUAUAAUGUUUUUUUGAUUGUUUGUAUGUCAUAUAUAAAUUGUUAGAAUUUGAUUUUUCAUCGCAAUGGGAACAAAACUUAUAAAGCCGCAUUAGAAAAAAUGUUUUUAAACAAUGAACAUAAUGAUGUAUUGCGUAGAGACCUAAUAUAUAUUUAG